AUGUUCCGCCAAAGUAUUCGUCGCUUUGGCACUACAGCCGUUCGUGCCGCUGCCGAGAGCAGACCCGCUUACACUUCUCGGGUGUCCACAGCGCAGGGCGUUGUCAAUGGUCUGACGGAAGCAAUUGGCAAUACUCCUUUGAUCAGAUUAAAGCGCCUCUCCGAGGAGACUGGAUGCAAUGUGCUGGGCAAGGCCGAAUUCCAGAACCCCGGUGGAAGCGUGAAGGAUCGGGCCGCGCUGUUUGUCGUCGAGGAUGCCGAGAAGAAGGGACUCCUUCGGGCUGGGGGUACUGUUGUUGAGGGCACCGCUGGUAACACCGGUAUUGGUCUGGCACAUGUGUGUCGGUCCAAGGGCUACAAGCUGGUGAUCUAUAUGCCCAACACACAGUCUCAGGGAAAGAUUGACUUGCUUCGGUUGCUCGGUGCGGAAGUGUACCCUGUCCCGGCCGUCGCAUUCGACAACCCUGAGAAUUACAACCACCAGGCACGUAGGCAUGCCGAGUCCUUGACCAACGCAGUCUGGACCAACCAGUUCGACAACACCGCGAACCGUCAAGCACACAUUGAAACCACUGGACCCGAAAUUUGGGCGCAGACCGGCGGCAAGAUUGACGCCUUCACAUGCGCGACCGGAACCGGUGGUACACUUGCUGGUAUCACACGCUAUCUCAAGGAAGCCAGUGAUGGUCGCGUUAAGAGCUUCCUGGCUGACCCACCAGGUAGUGUGCUGCACAGCUACAUCCAGAGCGGUGGUAAGCUCGUCGACCGCUCAGGUGGUAGUAUCACUGAGGGUAUCGGCCAGGGCCGUGUGACCGACAAUCUGCAGCCCGACAUUGACUUGCUGGAUGGCUCCCUGAACAUUAGCGACGAGAAGACCAUUGAGAUGGUCUACCGCUGCCUGGAUGAGGAGGGUCUCUACCUGGGAGCCAGCUCUGCUCUAAACGUGGUGGCUGCUAAGGAAGUUGCCGAGAAGAUGGGCAAAGGCAGCACUGUUGUGACCAUUUUGUGUGAUGGUGCUUACCGGUAUGCUGAUCGGUUGUUCUCCAACACUUGGCUUGAGAGCAAGAAGCUGCGCAGCUCUAUUCCCAAGCACCUGGAGAAGUACAUUGUGCUGCCUUAA